AUGUUCAAGCCCAAUAAAAAGGGCGAGGACCACCCAAGAGAACGCCAAAUGGAUGACCCGGGCCCAAUUCGCCGCCCCCGAGCUUUCACUAACAUCAGUCCGGAACACCCUGACCAUGUCCAGAAGGGUGACAUUGGUUCAUCUCGCCGCGAAAGGCUUUUCACCGAGGAAAGCAAGGAACGGCUUAGGCAGAUCCAGCUGAUGCGGCUUGGCUCGAAUUUUAUAUUGAUUCUUGCGCAUUGCAACGCUAAACAUGAUUUCCUACAGGAUGACCUGGGCUCAGCGCGCCGUGAAAGGGUUUCAACUGAAGAUGAUCCACGGAACAACUCCAAUGUACGACUUGAGGAUCUUGAAGCCCGACGGCAGUCCAACAUUCCGGGAACGGAGAUGUUCAAACGUGCGAACAAGGAGCGGUCUGCACUGGCCGCAUGGGCUAGCGUACGCGAUGAUUCCCAGGAUACACGAUAUGAAGAGCUGGAAGAUUUGAAUGGUGGUCAAUCUCACCGGGCUGGCCUCAAUGCCCGCUUCGAUAGUAUUCGUGAUAUCCCCGCAAAGCGCGCUUGUGCCAAUCCCAAGGCGAACUUCCAACCUGCUCAUUCCCGCCGCUUUUCUAGCAUCGCUGCUCCCCGUGCCAAUCCCGUGGUUAACGCUGAUUCCCGUACCAGAGCUACCCCGGCUGAUUCAACCAGAGCUGGCAGGGGUCAAAUCAUCAAGAAUCCCCCUCGCGGUUCUGCAUCGCUUGAUCGUGGGGGUGGUGUUACCGGAAGUCGCACUCGUGUGAGUGGCCCUGUUGCGACACGUGGACAUGGAGCUUCUAGAAGUCGGGACUACAGUACGCCUGUUAGGGCUCAGCAAGACUUUUCCAGGAAGAUUACAAGCCCGGACGUGUUUAUGGCCCUCCUUCGCGAUCGACGUCACGCGGCUGAAUCUCUAUCUGCUCCCGUACUGACUCCUUCUCAGCGCCCCCAGCGUGCUUCUCAGUCGGAAGCUCCAGCACAUGCAACUGUUAGCUCGUCUCCUGCCACGGUUGCAGCCUUCAAUGUCACUCGUCAGUCUGCCUCGCCUUUGCGGACCCCGCGUGCUACGGCCCGAACAGCUGCACAACAGCCUAUUGUGAACACCACUUCUGAACACCCUCAUCCAUCUACAACUCCCCGGGAUGCACCCCGAAUUGUGCCCCAGUCUGGUUCCCCACAGCCUUUUGUGGACACCCUUUCACGAUCUACUUUUGCGGAAUCCGGACCGACUAACCUGCUUCUGGAUCUCGCCGAGCCUGCUAGAUGCCAAGAUGUGGCAGCGACUUCCGACUACUCCCAAUUGCAGGGCCUCAAUUUUGGAGGCGUGCCCAUGCUGGACUGGUCAGUUUCUUUCCGUCCAGUCAGUCAGCAGCAGACACCCGUGGACCCUUCUUUUGCCAUGAGAGCUCAAGUGCAUGAGCACAAUAGCCGUCGUGACAACUGUCCCCCUGUGAUCACCAAAUUUGGGAGCAACAAUCCUUUCGCUGAAUUCACUCCUUUUGUGAACUCGACCCCGGCAACUGGGCACAAUCCUUUCACCGACCCGCCUCUGACCUCUUCAACUGGGAACAAUCCGUUCCGAACCGACAGCUCUUCUGUGAUUUCUCGGUCAGCUGACUACGACAGUUUCCGUGACUAUCGUUCUCCUGGGGAUCCUCCUUCUUCCGGAGAAUCGAAGCUGAGCACAUCAGGUGCUCCUCCGACGCCGUCCUUGUUGUCGCCGAAGAAGACCAAAGGAUCCGAUUUCACACCCAGCUUCGAGAAAUUGUGCGUUUCAGGGUCACCGACCCGGAAACCCGCCUCCAUCCCAAAGCCUCUUGGUACAUUGGCCCACUCGGAGCAUGCAGUCUCAUGGUUGAAUCACCACGCAAUUCGAAAAGCGAAAGUGAUUGGUGUGAAGGCUUCAUUGGACGCCAAACAUCGCGAAGCUCAUGUUUCAGUCUAUGAACACCCGGUACAACUGCAGCUCAAGCCCAAGGCUCUCGGUCCCAGCCUCGGGUCAUCCGUGACAAGUUCUCAACGUUCAUUGACCAGAAAUGGACAGCAGAUCGCUGGUAAUUAUCAGUCCCCGCAGCGAGCUACGGUGCGGGUUCUAGGUCCAGCUCCUGGCCCGUUGAGCGUACGUUCGCAACGCCAGGAUGAUCUGAACUUGGCUUCCCAUGCAGCCACUGGCUCACAACAGAGAGACACAUCGAACAUCAGUGUCCUUGGACCCGCCCCAGCCCAGUCCAGCUCCCGUUCCCAAGGUCAUAUGACUGAGAACCGGAACUCCUCCACCGGAAACCCCAACCCCGGCACUAGUGAUUCUCGCUCAACUGCUACGGAUUCUCAAGGUAGAAAUGGGCCGAAGCCCAAGGUUCUUGGCAUUCAGCCAUAUAACCCGCGGAACAAAAAGGGCAAGUUGUGA